AUGGCGGAACAACAAAUCUUCAGAGCGAAGCGCGAUCGCGAGCAAGUCCGUCAGAUUGCGUCCAAACUAUACGCUAAAGUGCCCCGAGAGGUACGAGAUGAAGUAUACCGGUACAUUGUUGCUGACUGCGAGACAAUGUAUUUUGGAUCCGGUCUGGGUGGUCUUAGUACGGCAUCUGAUGAAGAAUUUGUCACAUCAGACUACAAGGUAUUUUGCCCAUCUUACGUGGGCUACGAGGUUGCACGCGAAGCGGCGGAAUGCUACUAUGCUACCAACGUUUUCGAGGUGGGCACUCAAGCCAUCUCGCCAGAUUGGGCUUCAAAACGUCCGGGCUUACCGCAGUUGAUGCCGCUACUGGCAGAGGACUGUUUCAACCUGGGUGUACUGCCGUACAAGUUUAUCCGGCAGAUAUACAUCAGGAUCGUAGUCACUGAUAUCUGCCCGAGAAUGCCAAUUGGAUCCGAGGAACUCUUGUGGAGAGAACUAUCGAAUCUCGGUAAUUCACACAGUGACCUAGAGUCUGCGCUUUCGCUCGUGGAACAUAAAGCUAAGCUUGACGUUCGAGUUCAGAUCUCGCCCGACGAACCUCGAUGGUAUGGGGAAGCAAGAACGGAGUGGAAAGACUCUGGGCUGGACGAGAUGGAGAUUUCGCAGCGUAUCGGGUUCCUGAAUGUGGAGCGUAGCGUUCUUAACGUGUUGGAGGCAAUGAGAAAACCUCUUUACGAUCUGAAAUACGCUGGCUCUUCUAUCACAAUUAUGUGCCAGACGAUGUCGAGUGAGGAUGAUCGGAAGAUGCAAGGACUAUUUUACCUCACCGAAGAGGAUUGGCAAAAGGUCAGUCUGCACAUAUCUCAUGUGAGACCAUGCUAA